AUGGUCAACAAAAGUCUACUUCAGGAUGAAUCUCCGUUUACAUACGCCGCGCAAACCGAAAAAGGACCGAAUAAUUGGGGAAGCCUUAAUCCAAAAUGGGAAGCAUGCAAAAAUGGAAGACUUCAGUCUCCAAUUGAUCUAAUUGAUCAAAGAGUUGUACUCUUGCCUAAACUCGGAAGUUUGAGAAGAACGUACAAGCCUGCUCCAGCUGUGAUAAAAAACCGAGGCCACGAUAUCACGGUUGCAUGGGAAGGAGAUGCAGGAGGUGUUAUAGUAAACGGCACCGAGUACAAAUUACUACAAUGCCAUUGGCAUACUCCUUCCGAACACACUAUCGAUGGAAAACGAUUUAAGAUGGAGAUACAUAUGAUUCACAAGAGCUCGGAAGGGCAUAUUUCUGUAGUUGGAAUACUAUACAAAUUGGGGCGACCCGAUCCGUUCCUAGCAAAGAUACUAAAAAACAUUAAAAGAGUUAAUCAUGAAGGGGUGAAUGCGGGGGUUCUUGAUCCAUGGGGCAUCAAAUUCGGAAGCAGAAAGUAUCUCAGAUACAACGGUUCUCUUACAGUUCCACCGUGUACAGAAGGUGUUCUUUGGACAAUACUAAAGAAAGUUAGGACAGUUUCAGAGGAGCAGAUAAGAGCAUUGAGAGAAGCUGUUCAUGAUGGAUUUGAGAAGAAUGCUAGGCCAACUCAGCACUCGGAUGAAAUAGACGUGUACAUGUAUCGUCCAGGAACUGAGUCGAAACUCGGGUGAAAAAAGAAGAGAGAAGAAUACAUUGGUUAUUGUAAAUGCUGUGGUUUUAAUUAACGAGCACAAUUCCACGCUACUAUUGAUUUACAAUAUUGUGCAUAUUCAACUACUAGUCGAUUAUAGUCGAUCAAACUAAAUCGUUGAAUUUCAAGAACGGUGAAUAACAUGAGAAACAUUACGUUAAGUAUUUGCUAAAGACACAAAUAAAUUGACAUGGAUUGUCGUAUUUAACUUUCACCAAGAGCGAAUGUACAGAGCCAUUUUUAUUUCUGCUAAAUGUAAAAAUGCCGGGAGACGAAAAAUAACAGGCAACUUAUUAUCUUUAUGACCACAAAAAGAGAGUAGCAAAUUACACUGCGAAUAUAGAGGCGAAAGAAAAUCGAGUAAUAUUGGAUUACACCACAUAGAGAAAAAAAAAAUUCAGCAAAAACGAAGAAAA